CAGGUGACAACAAUGGUGCUGAAUGUGGACUUACAGAGCUCAAAAUGCUACAAGAAGGUUAAGAACCUUCUCUGCAAAUUUUCUGGUGAGUCCUCCCUUUCUUCAAUUAAUAUUGUUCUCUCCUAAUUAAAUAAUAUAUAAUUUGUUAAAUAUAAUUUUUGUACAUACGAUAUACGUAUAUCAAUUUAUGAAUUGAUUAGCCAAAUGGACUGAGUCUUUGUGCUCUGAACAAAUUAAUUAAAGAAAUACGAGAUCAGGAGUAUGAUGAGAAGGCAAACAAGGUGACAAUUAAGGUGGUGAGCUGCUCGCCGGAGAAGAUCAGGGACAAAUUAUGCUGCAAGGGUGGUGGAUGCAUCAAGAGCAUCGAGAUCGUAAAGCCAAAGCCGCCUCCGCCUCCGCCUCCGCCUCCGGAAACGCAUGUGAAUGUAUCUGUAGAUCUGCAAGUCCAAUGCGUUCAGUGUUAUGGGAGAUCCGUUUGCGACGGCUGGAGCGGUUGUGGAGAAACUCAACCAGGCUGCUCAAUCAUGUAAAUACUAAUAAUAAGACUGUGUUUGGUAUGCAGCCAAGUUAAAUCCAAUACUAAGAUAGAGUUUUGUCUUUAUUCUUUUUUGAGAACUCGGUUUGGAAUCCUGCCAAGUUAAGUCCAAUAAUAAGUAACUGUUGUUUUAUGAAGUGUGUGUUUAGUGGAUUAUGCAGGUGGGUAUUGUUUAUUAGCAAAAUUGUAUGUUACUUUUAUCUUAAUAAAGAAUUGUGCGUGAG